AUUCUGUGCUGAAAUACUGGUUUGCUAAAUCCACAGGAAAUAAUAUGGUAGAGCCAGAGGAAAGGGAAUAGUUAAUCACGGAGGAGGAGGGACACAGCCCAGCACUCUGCCUAGAGGCCGCUGGGAAAGUGACGUCCUGUAGCAUUUGCUGUUCUAGAAAGUACAGAGACACGUAGUGAAAAUGGGAGGGACUAGGAGGAGGCCGGCUCUGGUGUGGUGUAUAUUUAUCUGUAAGUGAGCUGCUGGGGAAGGAAUUAAUAGAGACGCUGCCUGCUGCCUCCAGACAGCUGAGCCCCAUCGCUGAUUGCUUUAACUUUUAAGACACCCAGCUUGCUUUAUUCUUUCGGAAUCAUUGUAUUGCUAAGACUGGGGACACUGUUUUCUUUUACAAAGGAAAAUCUAAGUUCAUUUCAAGGCAUUCGAAAUGGGGAAAGACUAUUAUUCAAUUUUGGGAAUUGAAAAAGGAGCUACAGAUGAAGAUAUUAAAAAGGCUUACCGAAAACAAGCCCUCAAAUUUCAUCCGGACAAGAACAAAUCCCCUCAAGCAGAGGAGAAAUUUAAAGAGGUCGCAGAAGCUUAUGAAGUAUUGAGUGAUCCUAAAAAGAGAGAGAUAUAUGAUCAGUUUGGGGAAGAAGGUUUGAAAGGAGGAGCAGGAGGCACUGACGGACAAGGAGGUACCUUCAGGUACACCUUUCAUGGGGAUCCUCAUGCCACAUUUGCAGCCUUCUUUGGAGGCUCCAACCCCUUUGAAAUUUUCUUUGGAAGACGGAUGGGUGGAGGUCGAGAUUCUGAAGAGAUGGAGAUAGACGGAGAUCCCUUUAGUGCCUUUGGAUUCAGCAUGAAUGGAUAUCCAAGAGACAGGAAUUCUGUGGGACCCUCCCGUCUCAAGCAAGACCCUCCUGUUAUUCAUGAACUUAGAGUAUCUCUUGAAGAAAUAUAUAGUGGCUGCACCAAACGGAUGAAGAUCUCUCGAAAAAGAUUAAACCCUGAUGGAAGGAGUUACAGAUCUGAGGACAAAAUUCUCACCAUCGAGAUUAAAAAAGGGUGGAAAGAAGGCACCAAAAUUACUUUUCCGAGGGAAGGUGACGAAACACCAAGCAGUAUUCCAGCAGACAUUGUUUUUAUUAUUAAAGAUAAAGAACAUCCCAAGUUUAAAAGAGAUGGAUCAAAUAUAGUUUAUACUGCUAAAAUCAGUUUACGGGAGGCAUUGUGUGGUUGCUCAAUUAAUGUGCCAACAAUGGAUGGAAGAAACAUACCUAUGUCAAUCAGUGAUAUUGUGAAACCUGGGAUGAGGAGAAGAAUCAUUGGAUAUGGGCUGCCGUUUCCAAAAAACCCUGACCAGCGUGGUGACCUGUUAAUAGAGUUUGAUGUGACCUUUCCAGAUGUCAUAUCUUCAUCAUCCAAAGAGAUCCUUAGGAAGCAUCUCCCUGCCUCAUAGAAUGAGAAGAACCUUGCUACCCAUAUUUUGCUAAGACACUGAGAAUAUAAAAUGAAUGGCAGUGGACUGAUGUGCAUUCUGUAUAGAGCUGUGUUAACGCCUCUGAGGUUCACUAAAGUGCAUGGAUAGAGACGGGUCAAAUAGGCAAAGUGGAUUUUUACAGCAGAGCUGAAGAAAAAAAAUCACUCACUGUAUUGUAUUUCAUUUCUCCCAAAUCAGAAACGUUUAGUAUUUCAUUUAUAAGUAAAAGUUGGUUUUGUGGUCAGUAGAUAUACCUCUAGUAAAGUACUACUAGAUCACCUGAAUACUUUAUUCUGUGUGUCUUUAAAUGAUCAAUGUGAUAGACUUCCUUAGUAGAAAUUAAAAUUCUUACCUUUACAGUAAUAUGUGGGGGAGAAUAAAAGACAAGGUCAUGUGGAAACGUGACCCAGGUGACCUUGAGAAAUGCUCUUGGGGCUGGUACCAGUAGAAGAAAGUACCGGUGCGUGUGGUUCAGCGCUGUGGCCUCUCGUGUGCUGUUGUGUUUCUUAAGAGUAUGGUUACAGUGCUCGUAGAGCCGCCCUCUUCAUGAAAAGAAACGAAACAGUUUAUCUCCCGUGGAAAUCCCAAUAACCUGACUUUCUGAUAUUUUAGCAACAGACCAUGGUUAAAUGGCCACCUGUACUUUUAUGCAACUUUGACUAUAUAUCUUGAACUGAAUACAAUAAGCUCAUUUUGUUUAUUAGUUUAAGAUAAUUUGUUUAAUAACAUUUGUUUUUUUUUUUAGAGAAAAUACUGCUACUUGGCAUUAAUUUUCCAUUUAUAGUCUUCUAUCCUCAUAAUAUGCUAUAUGUACCUUACAUAAUUUCCCUAAGAACAGUGAGCUACCACUAUGUGUUAAACCAAAAUAUGGACAGACUAGACACUACUGCUGCUCAUGGGUCAUGUUGCUACUAGUUGUUACGCAUAUAAAUAUCUUACUUUUUCAUGUAUAUAGAUUGUGUUUCUUAGGUGUUUUAAUUUUUUAAAUAUAUUUACAUUUAAAAAUUA